CCGACACAGUCGUGCUUUCACCAUAGCCUUCAUGCAGUCAGAGCAUACAGACUUUGCUAUUCACUAUAGCUGUAAAGCUUUGCAAUAUUACAAAGCUUUGCGGACGGUGACAACGCCGGUCCUGCUCAUAAUCGGCCAGCCGUGCCCUGUGUAGUUGCCCUACCAACACACAACCAUGCAGCGUAUUCUAGCAGCGGACACUGCUGCCGGUCACGCCGGGCUUAAGGCGCACGAGUAUGGAAACAUUGCUCUAGCAGGCGCUACCCCCGCGGCCAUCUUCGCCAGCAAGGGCAGCAUCCUUCAGAAGACCGCCGACUUCGUCUUCAGCCUUGCUAUUCCUGUCCACAGCCACAUCGCGAUGAACGCUGUCGUGACGGACUACCUGCCCAAGGCGGCUCAGGGCCCUGCUCGCUUCGGUGUUCUGGGUAUGUCCGUUGUCACCUACCUCGGGAUCAUGAAGAUGAACCUGUCGGGCCCAGGCCUGACGGAGACCGUCAAGGGCCUGUGGCGGCCCCAGAAGUAAAUGGCUUUAUGGGCCAUUUACAAAAUUGGGGACAGAGGGCCCUCGCUGGCGAAGGGGCGGUGAUAUGGCAUGCCCCACCAUCGCGCCUUUUAGGGCAUGUGGGUUAGCAAUGUGCGGGGUACCAUUCACCUGGCUUAACUCAUGUAUAAUUUUGGGUUGAAGAGGUGGCGGGAGGAAGGGGGCCGCGGGUGCUCCUGGUGGAUUCAGGGAUGAUUCUGUGUGUCGCUUUGGGUGGUUUGUCGUACAAGCUUUGCGCCAUACUCAGCGUCAUGCUGACGCGACGUGAACAAAGGAGGGCGUUACAGCCCGUUACAGCUGUAAAGGAACAUGUGCCAUUUGGAGGCCGUUGUCUCACGUUGUAAGGCUUCAUCAUAC